AUGAAGAAUUCAUCUUCUCCGAUGUUUUUUUCUUCGUUACCGGAGGAGAACGUUCUCCAUUGUUUGUCUUGUGCCUCGAGAUUCUCUCUUCCAACUUUAUCCUUGGUAUCCUUAUACUUACAUUCCCUCAUAGCUUCACCUGAGUUCAAAGCCACAAGAACACGCAACGGAAUAACAGAAGAUUACCUCUACGUUUGCUUAGACCUGAAUAAGGAAAUCCCUAACCCUAGUUGGUUCACAGUUUCCUUAUUACCCAAGCAACAGAAACAAAUACCCGUCCCUUCCUUUCCUCACCAACAUCCCAAAUCCUCGAGUGUUGUUUCAAUCAGUUCAGAUAUUUAUAUAAUUGGGGGACGUGCUAAUGGAAUGAGAAGCAAUAGAGUCUUGCGUCUCGAUGGUCAAAUUCAUCAAUGGCUUAUACUCCCAAACAUGCUUCAACCUAGAGAAGCUGCAGCUGCUGAUGUAAUCGACGGUAAGAUCGACGUGAUUGGAGGCUUUGGUGCCAACAUUAUCCAGGACUGGGGAGAGGUUUAUGAUCCAAAUAACCAAACUUGGGAGCCAAUACUAACAACAACGCUAAAUCUCGCCACUCAAGUGAAUGUGGUGCCAGGUAAAUUGGUAAUGGGUGAAAAGGUCUAUGCCAUGAAUGGUUUGAUAGUUAACUUGGAGAAUGGUAUUUUCUUGUUUGAUAACUCGUUGCGUCUAAUGUAUGUUUCCCAUCAAAACCUUUUUUAG